AUGAGCAGAAAGGCUUGUCACGCUGGUUCUUGGUACACCGAGCAAGGACCUCAUUUAAAUGAGGAACUUACUCAGUGGUUAGAUAACGUUCCACAAAAGAUAGAAGACGAUGUCCCUAUUCCCGUACCUGGAGCUAGAGCUAUUAUUGCUCCACAUGCAGGAUAUAUGUGGAGCGGACAAGCCGCAGCAUUCGCUUAUAAGAGCAUUGAUCCCGAUUUUGUGAAACGUGUUUUCAUAUUUGGACCAUCGCAUCAUUUUAGCCUUACCAAAUGCGCGCUUUCUCAAUGUACCCAAUAUGAAACACCUUUAGGAAAUUUGAUGUUAGACACUGAAAUUAUCGAAGAAUUGAAAAAAACCGGGGAAUUUAUAUCGGUGUCUCAAGAUGUUGAAGAGGAAGAACAUAGUAUUGAGAUGCAUUUACCAUAUACUUAUAAAAUUUUGGAAAGUAAGGUUGAUUCAAUUAAGAUUGUUCCUGUUAUGGUUGGAUCUUUGAAUGCAGCCAAAGAAUCAUUUUAUGGAGAUUUAUUUGCUCCAUACCUUGCUGAUCCGUCUAAUCUGUUUAUCAUUUCGACGGAUUUUUGUCACUGUUCUAAUCUUACACGCGUACCUAAUAAGAAUUUACCAAUUCCAAUAUAUAAGUCCAUUGAAAAACUUGAUAGAGAAGGAAUGGAUUUUAUUGAAAAGAUAGAUCAUAAAGGAUAUGUCUCAUACCUUUCAAAAACAAAGAAUACAAUAUGUGGAAGGCAUCCCGUUGGAAUACUUUUAUGUGCAAUUGAAACAUUACAAAAAGGUUAUGACAAUGAUACAGCUGAACAACCAAGGAUUAAAUUUAUUCAUUAUUCACAGUCUAAUCAAGUAAAACACGAGGGAGAAAAUAGUGUUAGCUAUGCUUCAGCUUAUGUUUAUCUUCCUUAA